AUGCAAAAUAUCGGCAAAUUCACUUGGUCCCCUCCACCUAGACCACACAGCUAUUUUAGCUAUUGGCAGUCUAAAAUAAAGGAAGAUCUGAUGAGAGAUGGACUCUGGGCCAUAACGGUAGGAAGCACCACUUUUGAGGACUUCUGCAACGACUAUACGUCUUAUAUCGAGGGCACCUCGAAUCGGUUUCCUACUUCGUACGCCACCUUCGACUCCCCUUACGGCACUGGCUCCGAUUCCGACUCCGGCCCCGAUCACGAUCCCAACUCCAACUCCGACUCUGACUCUGACUCUGAUGCUGGCCCCGACGCUGAUUCCGACGCUGAUUCCGACUCCACGGAUGCUAAUCUCUCGACCUCUUCUUCUAGAGCGGAAUCCCUUACGGUCUCUGAGCUUCUAGUGGAAUGUAUCUCGAAUUCUAGAUCUGAACUUCUAGAAAAGAUGAAACAUGAUUGGAAAAGAUUGUGCCGGAAUGCUUGUGAAAGGAUACUAUUUACUAUGGAUAAAAAGAUCAACAUUAGAUACCAGAGGUUCAGAGACCCUAAGAAGCUUUGGGAAAGGCUUGUUAAGGACAACCCAGAUCUCAAUUUAGGUGCCCCAGGGGCUGUGGAGGCUUAUGUCUCAAAAAUCAAUUCUUUGGCACAUCUAUUGGCUAAGUCGGGCAGGCAGGUAUCGAUGGAAGAAAAAAAUUUCAUCCUGCUAAGGGGCUUAUCAGGGCCCUGGCUAGAAGUGCAAAAUAAAAUCAACAAAAACCUUUGGGCAGAUUUCGAUUGGUCGGAGAAGCUGGAGAAGCUGGAGAAGUUGGAGAAGUUUGGGGGUAAGCUGGCGAAGCAGGCGGAGAAGCACCGAGCUAUACUAGAGAGUUCAAAUUGGCGGAUUCCGAAUCAAAACCCAGAACCUCGCAAUAAUAUGGGUUAA